AUGUACAACGAGGAAGUACAAUCUAUCUAUCUAUCUAUCUAUCUAUCUAUCUAUCUAUCUAUCUAUCUAUCUAUCUGCCCGCUAUACAUUACUCCACCGCGUCUUAUCUAUCUAUCUAUCUAUCUAUCUAUCUAUCUAUCUAUCUAUCUAUCUAUGUGUGGGGGAGCUGAAUCAUUCUGUCCACAACGGUACACACACACGCACACACACACACAUCUAUCUAUCUAUCUAUCUAUCUAUCUAUCUAUCUAUCUAUCUAUCUUAAGCUCACCCACUCUGUUUAUCCCCACACUCUUAUUUUCUCUGUUUCCUUCUCUUCCCUCUCGCCCUCUUUCACUCUCUCUCUCUCUCUCUCUCUCUCUCACAUUCUCUAUUUCUGUCUCUGUCACUCUCACAUUCCUUCUCUUUUCUUUUUCUCUGCCUUUGUCCCCUGUAUUCUGUCUAUCUCUCUUUCCGUCUCUCCUUUUAUUUUUUCUCUUUAUUCUUUCUCGUUAUUUUUGUUACCUACACUCACUCUAUACACUUUCCUCCUCCCUUUGUCACCCACACUCACUUCUUUUCUCUCUUUCGCCCUCUAUUCCUUACGCACGUACGCACGCACGCACGCUAUCUCUUCUUUUCUUUUUCUUUUGUAAAAUCUCGGCCACUCUUUCUUUAUCGCAUCUUUAUCUCUCUUACAUUAUCUCCUUUUUCUCUUCUUUCUCAUCGUCUUUCUUUGUUUUCCACAACCUCUCUUUGUUUCUUUCUUUCUUUUUUAUCAAGUUUUCUCUUUAUGCUACUCAAACGUUCUCUCUUUUUUCUUUUGGCCGUCAAUUUCCUUCAAUAUUGUUUCUCUUGCCCUCACUCUCUCCCUUUCUUCCUCUGUCUGUUUCUUCUCGGAGGGCAAUUUGGUGA